AUGGACGUCGAAGAAUUUAGAGAAAAGGGAAAAGAAAUGAUCGAUUAUAUUUGCGAAUACAUGAAAAAUUUACCCGGGAGACGAGUGACGCCGAGCAUCGAACCUGGAUAUUUAAGGCCCUUACUUUCGACGGAAGCACCACAAGACCCCGAACCGUGGGAUGCCAUCAUGAAAGAUGUUGAAAACAAAAUUAUGCCGGGCGUCACGCAUUGGCAACAUCCAAGAUUUCACGCAUAUUUUCCAAGUGGAAAUUCAUAUCCGAGCAUAUUGGGAGACAUGCUUUCGGCUGGUAUCGGUUGCAUCGGAUUUUCUUGGGCAGCAAGUCCGGCAUGCACGGAAUUGGAAAUAAUUGUGGUCGAUUGGUUUGGAAGAGCCAUUGGCCUACCAAAAGAUUUUUUAGCUUUGGAAAAAGACAGCAAAGGCGGCGGUGUGAUACAAACAUCGGCGUCCGAAUGCGUCCUUGUUUGUAUGCUGGCAGCAAGAGCUCAAGCAAUUAAAGUAUUAAAGCAACAGUUUCCGAAUGAGGAAAAUGGAACUCUCUUGUCUAAAUUAAUGGCUUAUUGCAGUAAAGAAGCUCACUCGUGCGUUGAAAAAGCUUCCAUGAUUUCAUUUGUUAAACUUCGGAUUCUGGAAACUGAUGAAAAAUACAGAUUAAGAGGAGAAACAUUAAAAAAGGCUAUGGAAAAAGAUGUCGAAGCUGGUCUUAUGCCUUUUUUCGUUUCAACAACACUCGGAACCACAUCUUGUUGUUCUUUUGAUAAACUUAAUGAAAUCGGACCGGUUUGCAAAGAAUUUCCCAACGUUUGGCUACACGUGGAUGCUGCUUAUGCAGGAAAUGCAUUUAUUUGCCCGGAAUUAAAACCACUUUUGGAUGGAAUCGAAUAUGCUACUAGUUUUAAUACGAAUCCAAACAAAUUUCUACUCACUAAUUAUGAUUGUUCGACCAUGUGGGUUCGUGAUAGACUUAGCUUGACCUACGCAUUGGUUGUCGACCCCCUUUAUUUGCAACACGGUUAUUCCAGCACUGCAAUAGAUCAUCGUCAUUGGGGCAUACCUUUGUCUCGAAGGUUUCGAUCGUUAAAAUUAUGGUUCGUUUUACGUAAUUACGGCAUUAAAGGCAUUCAAAAUUACAUUAGACACCAUAUUCGUUUAGCUAAGAAGUUUGAAAGUUUAGUGUUAAGCGAUCAAAGAUUUGAAGUUUGCAACGAAGUUAAGCUUGGACUAGUUUGCUUUCGUUUAAAGGGUUCAAACAGUUUAAAUGAAAAACUUCUUAGUUCGAUAAACGCAUCUGGAAAAUUACACAUGGUUCCAGCGAGUUUAAACGAUACCUACGUCAUAAGAUUUUGCAUUGUUGCACAAAAUGCAACCGACGAAGAUGUUGAAUACGCUUGGAAAGUCAUAAUUGAAAUAUCAGAAGAGCUCUUAGAAAACCAGGAGCUUGAAAAGGAACCAACGGAUGAAAUUUCCGAAAUGUUAGACAGGAAGAAAAAAGAGGGACUGGCUUAUAAGAGAUCAUUCUUCGUCAGAAUGGUCAGCGAUCCUAAAAUAUAUAAUCCGAAAAUUGUCAAAUAUCGACCACCUACAAAAAAUCAAGUAUCUGACCCAAACAUGGCGCUAUCAGUUAACACCCCAUUAACAUCUUGGAUCAGCUGGCCUUUGGCUUUUUUACUUCAAGCGAAUCAAGGAGAAUCAAGUGAAGUUCCAGUGAGGUUUCGACAUUUAAACACGAUGGUAAAGUUGAAAGGUCGUAGAGAAAGUCAAGAUAAGACUUAUGACGUUGUAUCAGAAGAUGAUGAAUCGAAAUUAACUCCGAAAAAAUCACCAAAAUCAUCUACUCCAACUAAAAAGGAUAAAAAAGAAACGUCUACCUAA